AUGGAUCUCCAUAUCAUGCAUCACGCAGCUCUAGCAGAUGAGAAUCAAUGUGUUGUUGACAUGAAAACUCCAUCAUCAUGGAAUGAUUCAAGAGGAAACUGGGGUGGAUUUGUCAACAACAACACAUGUGCACAAGCACUAGAAACAUAUUUAUACGCGUCGGCAAAGAACGCCAACAAAACUGGGGAAAUAUUUCUGAACAUCACACAGCAAAAGGCCUGUCUGAGUUCAGCAAACAUCUGUGGCAUUGAGAGGCUAACUAGUGGAAGAGGAGGGUGCUCGGACUACUCAGUGGAAGACGUUGUGAACGAGCAAGCAACACAGUUGCAGAGUUUGGAUCAAGGCUGCAAUGAAGCGUGCAGCUCUUGUUUGAAGAGGUGGGAGCAGAUGGACUUUUCGAUCGAAGAAGAAGCCGAUAUCUGUAGGUUUUCGGUUCUAGUUUCAGUUAUUAGUAGAAGGCUUAGUGACAUGGAAUGGAUAGAUUCAAUCUUCACCUGCCUUGGAGAUGGAAUUCCAUUAGGUGCAGCUGAUGAGGGGAAACAAGAAAAGAAGAUGUCCUUCACUAAAGAUCUUGAAAUUGUGGCUGGUGGUGUUGUGGCCAUUGCCAUUUUGUGUGUAAUCUUCUUCUUCUUCUUCCUAAAGAAAAGGACCAAAACAAGACCUUCGAAAGAGAUUUAUGAAGGCGAAAAUUCGUGUUGGGAGCAAUCCAGCAGCAUGAAGAUGACAGUGAGAGAAGUGUAUGAAGCGACAGACAAUCUGAGUGCAGCAAACUUCAUAGGGCAAGGCAUAGCAGGGAAAGUAUACAAGGGGAUUAUGUGGAAGGGGGAGGCUGUGGCGGUUAAGCACAUAUUAAACGAGGGGCACAUGGAGACAUUUGUAAGGGAGGUGAGGAGCUUAUCGCAUGUGAAGCAUCCGAACCUGGUGCAGUUGUUAGGGCAUUGCGAUGGAGAAGAUGAGAGCUUUCUUGUUUACCAACUGUGUCAGAAUGGAAAUCUGUCUGAGUGGCUCUUUGGGAAGCAUAGAUUGUUGAGUUGGAUUAGAAGGGUGGAGAUUGCUCUAGACUGUGCGAGAGGCCUCUGGUUUCUUCAUACCUAUCCUCAAGGCUGCAUUGUUCACCGUGAUAUUAAGCCAACAAACAUCCUUCUAGGCAGCAAGUUUGAAGGGAAACUGUCGGAUUUCGGAUUGUCAAAGGUGAUCUCGAUGGGAGUCUCCCAUGUGAGCUCGGAGGUACGAGGAACCUUCGGGUACGUGGACCCCGAGUACCAGAAGGAUCGGCAAGUGCAGUCGUCUACAGAUGUUUAUAGUUUCGGAGUAGUUCUUUUGCAGUUGGUGUCGGGGCAAAGGGUCAUCAAUCUCGAAGUCACAACACCUGUGGCCUUGAGUAAAAAGGCUAAAACACUAAUUAGGAAAGGCGGAGGGGAUAUAACAGAAUUUGCUGAUCCUAAACUUAAUGGUGACUAUUGUUUAGAUGCUUUUCACAUGAUUUUGAAGCUAGCAUUAUCUUGUAUUGGGGUUAAGCACCAACGCCCUUCCAUGGAAACUGUCGUCACAUUGCUACAGGAAGCCCGUCGCAUUUCUCUCCACACAUAA